CGUAACAUCGAGCCUGAACACCAGUUCCAUUGUGGCGUGUUGAACAACUAUCACAGGUUGUUUCGCAGUCAAUUCCGUCCCGGCAACACAACAGGGGAAUGAAAGCGUGGUUGGAAGUGGUGGUAACAAAAGGCACACAAACCUUCAUGUUGUAUGGAUGAGCUUGUUUGUUUUACCGGUUUUCAUUUAGUUGUUUUAUUGAUUCAUCUAACAAUAAUACCAUCGCAGAUGGUAAACAGACACAUUACGCUACUCUCUUGACGCCUUGACUCGUUCGUGUUGUAAUUCUUUGUAAUUCAUUGUAGGUAUUAACAUAUUGCCAUGACGCCAAGGAGAUACACAAUUAGAUACAAAACUACUCUCUCUGUACUGAGAUGGUGUUGAUACCAUAAGUGUGGCACGAUUAGAUGGACAACUGAAAUAUGUAUCGAUUGUUUUGGUAUUGAAUGUUUUUUAAACACUGAUUGGACAGGUAAAUUCAUUGCGAACCACGGUGUUUACAAACAGAAUGUUAUUUAUAAUUGUGGGCUUAUUAUGCUCUUGCUUGUGCCUGUCAAGACAAAACGUUUGCGCAGAUGUGAACAGAUUCCCCCAACUGAACAACAACUACACGGUGGUUGGUCUGCCUUUAGAGACUAUUACUGUGGGAGGCAUGUUGGGCUGUGUGCGAGAAUGUCAAAUGAUGGCAACAUGCAAAGCUUUCACUUACAAGAAGACAAGGAAUUGCAGUGUGUACUCCCAGUUUGAGUUUUCCUCACCAAACAACGUUGACGUCAGAGAUGUCGUUACCUCCAUUAUCAGCGACUGGAACACUGUGCAGAACUACCGCCGAGUAAUGCCAGCACCACUGAAAUCAGGGCAAGAGUGUUACAUACCGGGCACAGAACAGCUGCAUCAAGACGGGACUGUUGUCAAGAUAAGAGUCUUCUACAAUGGCACGUUAGAUGUCACCCUUUCAGGCAGAGAAUGUCAGAGGUGGGCUGACCACACUACCCACAAUCAUCCUGGUAAUGGCGACGCCCCUGGCAGUUUCGCGACUGGUGAAACUAUGGAGGAAGUAGCUAACUACUGCCGUGUUGUACUUUCUGACGCAGUGGACACACCGUGGUGCUACACAACAGAUCCCACCAAGCGCUGGGAGCGAUGCAACAUAACUGAAUGCGCUUAGAGGUCGUUGAUAUGUGGCAGUACUGAGUCUCAUAUCUUGCACUCACCAAUAUUCCGGCUUUAUGACGGUGGCCAGACAAUCCAGCGAUUGCCGUCAUAUGCAUCGAGCCACUUAAUUGGGAUACUUUGGCACACUAUAAUAAAGUCACUAACCCUGACCAUCCUAUACAUUAAGUCGGUUCUUAAGGCCAGCAUCAUGAUCAGGUGUUAAGGACAUAUUCAAACCUGGAAUCUCCACAGGGAGAGUGGCCUCUUUGAGUCGUUGGCUUCACACCCAUAUUCAAUAAGUUGUAUCGAUAGUUGUCUUUAAUAAAGUAAUAUACAUUGGCUUUUACGGAAAACAAACACAGCUAAAUUUUCCAAUGCAAAAGACCCUAUCGCGAAAGAAAAAAUUCAAAAUUUGCACCCUACCAAACAGGUUUUCAAAAGCAUCUUUCCGCUAUUGAUAAGAGUUUCAUUAUUGUUGCGAAGACAUUAAUAAUAGAAAUGCAGAGGUUAACCGAGCAAUCGGUUCUCACAUAACUAAAUUGUGAAUUCAGUCAUGACCAAACUGGAUAACAGAAUAAUCAAUAAUCUAUUUUGAACUGUAUUUUGCGUUAUUUAAUUUUGCAAAAAAUUUUGAUAAUCAGUGGCGGCUGUGGAAGAAAUUAUUUGAAAAUUGAAUAAAUAAUAACUAAUGUGUGCGUUUCAAUGUGCCCGCGCGGGUGUGUGUUUGUUGUUUAACAGCUACACUCAGAAUUAUUGAAGUUAUUAGACGGAGGACUGUGAGAGCAACGUGUUGGAGGGAGGGUUACGGCCAUAAGCUUGUAGGAUGGCACAACGAUCCGCCCACUACCAUACACUGGCAAGACUUCUCAACAAAUCAGUAGAAUACAUAAGCACCAAUCAGGCACUGAUACUGUCUUCACUGGCUCCCCAUCCUUUAGUAUCAUCCUCUAAGCUAAUGGACGCGCCACCCUCAAACUAUCUGGGAGAAACCAAACUCCCAGUAAAGGAUUCUGUUAAAUAUGCAGGUGUAUGUAUCUGUGCAGGCAGAUCAUCCCUUGAACGUCCGACCCUAGAUUGUGAGAAACUGAGACAAUUGAGUAAUAUUGAUCAGAACUUUGGCUUGGUCUUUGGUGAUCUUAACCCAAUUGCUGCUGUUCGUGCAUGGGAAAGACUUGUUUUACCAUGUGGUCUAUGUGGCUGUAAUGUGUGGGCAAGGCUCUCGCUGAAAGAGUAUGAAAUUUUAGAAAUAAGACAACAAUACUUCUGUAAGAAAAUGCAAGGGUUUCCAAAACAAACACCUUAUGUAAUUCAAGCAUAUCCCUUCAAAGAUAUUUAGAUAGAUCAGUGUGUACCUCUUCUCUUGGGGAAACUUCUUAACACAAAAAUCAAGGUUUUAUCUUUAAACAUCUAUUCAUGGCCAGGCUAAGCUCAGUAUAAAUGCAAAGUAGCAGUCGUUGAAAAGCGGAAUGGGAUAUGAAGUCACAAAUCUUUAACAUGUUAGGGCUUGCCACAAAAUAUAAACUGGGCGAUGAAAUAGACAACUUUGUAUAUAAUUCUCGUUUUAUUUAGAAGAAAUGUUGGACCCAGUUAGUAAAGCGAAGUGUACGCCACCAUGAUGCAUUAGCAAUAGAAAGAAAACUUCCGACCAGAUUAUCACUGUCAGAUAUAUCGCAAUCAGAUCAGGUAGUGCACAGAGGUUAUGAAAGUUGCUAACAUCCACUCAGAUAACUUUGCUGACAUUGCUAGGCUUGCACGCAUGGGAUCAUCCUCUAUACAGUCUAAAGAAUGUCAAUGUGGCACAUUUGCUAAUGAUAUUGUUAAACAUGUUUUUAUGUCAAAUCGACCUCCACGAAGGAGACCUCCUUUUCAAAAGAAUUUGUGAUUUACUUGAUGUUAACAUAUUUGUAGAAUAUGGGAAGAUGAAGAUGACGUAUUUGUAUCUCUGUUGGUUGGGGGUAUACCUGCUUAAUGUGAAACAAGUUUAGAUUUCCAUGCAUCGCAGCAGAUGGUCCUCACCAUAUGUUGCACAAUAAGAAAGUGGGCGUUUCUGUUAUAACAAUGUAUAUAUACUGUUUCUGUUGACUUCCACUACAACUGGCUAUAGUUAAGCUCUUGUGGUGUAAUAACUAUACACACUGUAUAUAUAUGCUGUAAUCGUCAUAUUACGAGGAAAUAAAGAAAAUAUAUCUAUCUAUCUAUCAGUCUUCUGCCUUUGAUGAUGUAAUCAAACAACACCCAUUUUUAAUAUUAUCCAAUCAGCUUGUCAAAACUUUUUAUUCUUUUGUACGUCUUGCUUCAUAAACUGUUUUAUUCAUUCAUUACCCGUGUGCUAUUUGUUAAUCUUACUGUACAUUUUGCUUCAUCUAAUUAUAUGUGUGCUACUUGUUAUCUAUUAGCUGUUGUCAAUGUCAAUCUGAUUUCUUAUCACAACACAUCAUGCAUCAUCACGUGGUACGUGUCACUCCAGCUUGAUAACGGUGUAAGAAUCUAUAUCGAAAUGGACUUUCCCAUUGCUAACAUCUGUGUAAUAGUUGGGGGUAAGACAUUUGGGCAAGAAGUAGGCAUCCCCAUCAAUGUUAUUAGUCAACUUUCUCUUUAUGUGAGGAAUAUUCCAGCAGCUCAAGCCUUUAGUGUCACAUGUUUCAGCUUUUGAAGUACAGUCAAGCAUGCUCUGUUUACGACGAUUCCAAAGAGCGUCGUGCUACACUUACUCAAAAGUUGUUUGACUAAGUGCACAACAUCCAAAGCCUUAUAGACAACAAUGAAUGUAAAGUAUGUUGUUGUAUUAUUCCAUGUAUGUUUACCCAAUGUAAGUUUUUAUUAUAUUGUACUCUUGUACAAACGUGGGUUUGAACAAAUCUAAUGAUGAUGAUGUAACCAUGCUUACGAAUAAAUACUAUCCACUGAUUGAAGUAAAGUCUGUAAAUUAUUGAUACGCCGGAA